AUGUCUACCCUGUUUGAUGGCCUUACUCUCCUAGAGAGAUUUGGUGAGAAAAUCCAAGAAAGUCAUGAUAUUAUUUCUCCUAGAACUGAUGGUUUAAGCGAGCCCAUUGUAACCUCGUGUCCAGGUGAUAAUUCUUUUGGUGCUCCAGUGACGUACUCAAACUCAUUGUACGUGGGAAAGGGAUUUGGGUUUCAAAAAUCAUCUGGUAUUGUGACUCUUGGUGUCAAAGAUAUAUUGCAUCGCACAUAUUCUGUGGUUAGAGGUUUUGAGGAGGCAGAUAUGCAAUCCCUUUUAGGAAGUGUUAGGAGUAGUAAUCAUACAGCUACUAGACAAGCACCUCAGAAUCCAAAUGAGAUGCAUUUGCAGGCUCUUAACGAGUUUAUAUCUGAAAGGCAUGGUGUUCUAGAAGAAGGUUGGUGUGUGGAAUUCAAAAGAUCCAUGGGCAAUGGUGAGCUACAUGCUGUUUACUGUGCUCCAGAUGGGAAGACAUUUGAUUCGAUGCCUGAAGUUGCCUGUCAUCUGGGGUUGAUGUCUAAUAGCAAUUCUGAAGAACCCAAAAAUGGAUGUGCUUCAUUGCAGAGGUCGCAUUUAGCCAAAGGAAGAAAGUCUGCAGUACUUUCAAUGGCUAAUAGUCUGUCUGAAAAUAACAAAAUUUCGAGUGGAUUAGGCAAGGAUCUCUCAUCUGAUUUUAAUACUAUGGGUUGCGCAAGCAAAUUUGAAAAUAAUGUAGAAGUAGUGGGAGCUAUGCCAAAAGAAAUCAGUGGGACCGGGCCCCAACAAUUUAAUGAGGGACUUCCAGUUCAAUAUGGAGAUUUCUUUGUGCUUUCUUUGGGAAAAGUUGAUACUAAACUGUCUUAUCAUAAUGGCAACCAGAUCUGGCCCGUAGGCUAUAAAUCCUGUUGGCAUGAUAAAAUUACUGGUUCCAUUUUCAUUUGUGAUGUGUCAGAUGGUGGUGGUUCUGGACCUAUUUUUAAGGUCAGCAGGUGCUCGUGCUCUAUCUUCUACAACGGUCCGACAUGA